GUGGUGAGCGCGGUCUCUCCUCUAAUUUCUCCUCACUCCGCCGGCUGGGAAACGCGGACUCUGGUACGAUAGUUCCGGCACCGGAAGAGAGGGCUGAUAACCAGACCCGGGAGCCGCCGGAAACACCGACCCUCGGCCUGGCAAGGGAAAAGGGGCCUCUCACUUCCAAGCAUCCCACACCAAAGACGGCCAGGACGGCAAGGCGGGAAUCCUGGCCCUGGGCCCUCGGGUCGGAAGCAGGCAAGAGUGGGGCUGAGGGCUAGGACCCCCCCUCACAAUUUAACCUUUGGAUCCCGUCAUGGCCAGAUGUGCAGACUGAUGCCAAGAAGGGAGACUUUGUGCAGCUGCCUGUGCCCAUUAUCCAGCAGCUCUACCACUGGGACUGUGGCCUGGCCUGCUCCAGGAUGGUACUGCGGUACCUGGGCCAGCUGGACGAUGGUGAGUUUGAGAAUGCCUUACAGGAGCUGCAGCUGACCAGGAGCAUCUGGACCAUCGACCUGGCCUACCUGAUGCGCCACUUUGGCGUGAGGCACCGCUUCUGUACCCAGACCUUGGGCGUUGACAAAGGUUACAAGAACCAGUCCUUCUACAGGAAGCACUUUGAUACAGAGGAGACCCGGGUGAACCAGCUGUUUGCACAAGCCAAAGCCUGCAAGGUGCUGGUGGAAAAAUGCACGGUGAGCGUGCAGGACAUCCAGGCGCACCUGGCGCAGGGCCACGUGGCCAUCGUGCUGGUGAACUCGGGGGUGCUGCACUGUGACCUGUGCUCCAGCCCCGUCAAGUACUGCUGCUUCGCCCCCAGUGGCCACCGCUGCUUCUGCCGCACCCCUGACUACCAGGGCCACUUCAUCGUGCUGCGCGGCUACAACCGGGCCACCAGCUGCAUCUUCUACAACAACCCAGCCUAUGCUGACCGAAUGUGCAGCACCAGCAUCAGUAACUUUGAGGAGGCCAGAACCAGCUACGGCACAGACGAGGACAUCCUCUUUGUCUACUUGGACAGCUGACAGCAGCAACCUGGUGUGGCCAGGCCCUCGGACCCCUAUCCUACCCCACCCCCAGCAGACCCACUCAGGAUGCUCUGGCCCAGGCCUGGGGCUGCUGGUGCUGGGAUGCAGAGCUGCAGCCUCAGCCUGUCUGACAAAACCCCAGGGAACUCUGAGAGACUGUGGCACAGCUGCUGUAUCCACCAGUGCUGUGUGUUGUCAUGCCGCUUACCCCAGAGUGCCUGCUGGUUGCUGGAGGCAUCCCCAGAGCAUCCAAAGGGAGUCUUCCCCAGGACCCCAAGCCUGACUCCAACUGUGCUCAGGGGAAUUUUAGCCCCGAGGGUGCCCUUGUUGCCUUUGAGCUGGACCCAAGGUGAGGGGAGAGUCCUGAGCUGGUCUCCUCACAGACCUUGCGACUGAGUCCUGGAGUGAGAGGUUGCUUGACCCAGUGUCACUUGGCAGGACAGCAUCUGCUUGUUUGGAUACAGCAUAGCCAAACUCAAACCCCUGUGGGCUGCUCCAAGCCCCUCUCUUCUGGGAGUUCUGUAGACACCCCUAUGCCCCGUGGGGGAUGCUACCACCACCUCCUGCCUCCCACUGGGCCCAGGUUUCUGUGGCUGGGUUUUGAGGGCUCUGACCUCUGCCACGUGGCAUGGACACACCUCACAGCCACUCCAUCCUGAAGAGCCGUGGCCCCUGGGGACUCUGAGGUUUCUGGAAACCCUCCAGGUACUCCAGCUCUGUAGGGGAAGGGCCCUUGGGGCAUGGGGUGGGCCCAAGCUCUGUUGGUAUGCUCUAGGAAUAAAAAGCUGCCCAGGCCCCAAGGAGCCCCUACACCCAUGAGGCCUUCUGACACCAGCCUAACUCCAGACAGUGAGACCCAUCCUCAGAGUGUAGGGAGCCCCAAGUCUCUCGACACUGGGUGCUAGGAUGUGCACUUCUGAAGCAAAGGCAGGGGACAGCCUGUGGUCUCCUGCCUACCCUGGUCCUCAUGUCAGGACCUUUUACACUGGGUCUCUUCUGUCUUGACCAAGAAAGGUGGUGCCCACCCAGGAUCACACAA